AUGUCUUCCAAAUCUGCAGUCAUAUCAGUUAUCGGCUCUCUCAAUGUCGACCUCGUCACUCGCACGCCCCGUGUGCCUGUUGCGGGUGAGACGCUGACGACCGAGUCUUUUAACACAGGAUUCGGCGGAAAGGGCGCGAAUCAAGCCGUUGCUUGUGCGCGACUCUCGAGAACGCAAAAACAGGCGUCGAAUAAGGAAGCGUCUGAUGUUGAAGUUCGCAUGGUCGGCGCUGUGGGAGACGAUGAAUUUCAUGAGGGGUUCCUGAAGAGUUUGCAGGCAGAUGGGCUGGGCACAAAGGGUGUUAAGAUAUUGAAGGGCAAGAAGACGGGCGUUGCAGUCAUCGUGGUUGAGACUGGAACGGGAGAGAAUAGAAUCAUGUUUUGCCCGGGGGCGAACUACGACGUGCAGGUGGAGGAUCUGGUGGACGAUGAUGCUGCUGUGGUUCUGUUCCAGCUGGAAUUACCGUUGCAAGUUGUACUAUACAACAUGAAUCUGGCACGUGAGAAAGGUGCAGAGACGAUCAUCAACCCUGCACCAGCUAUUCCUCUUCCAGACGAGGCAUACCGCGGCCUUGGUCAUCUGAUCGUAAACGAGACGGAGGCUGCUACAUUAUCUGGCAUCGAGAACCCUACAUCAUGGGAUGAAGUCGCAUCUGUCUUCAUCAACAGAGGUGUAAAGAACGUGAUCAUCACUCUUGGCGGAGAGGGCGUGUACUAUCGAACAGACAAGCAACAUGCAAAGGAACAGCCUGGCCAGAUUGUGCCGGCGAGGAAGGUUCAAGUGGUUGAUACCACAGCAGCUGGUGACACAUUCGUUGGUGCCUAUUCCGUUGCUGUUGCGAGAUGGAGAUCUUCCGCUCAGACUACCGAAUUUGACCUCGACUCUGCGAUAAGAAAUGCUAAUCUGGCUGCUUCGUUGACCGUGCAGAAAGCGGGUGCGCAAUCCUCGAUCCCUUGGGUUGAUGAGGUUUCGUCGUCAUAA